GAACUAGUGCAGCUAAAAAGAACAAACUUUUUAUUCCUACUCGAUGUCGGUUGAUAUUCUAACGUUAAUGUUGAUAUUUUAUUCGCGUGCUUAAUAUUAUUAUUAUUAGCCGUAUUUCAUAUCAGCAUUUCGCGUAACUGUCGAUCACAAUAACAUCUGUGAUCUGCAAAUAGCUUUGCGUGAUAAUUAUAGAAGAUGCCUGGAACUCCGAUGGAGCGAGACGGCAACAUGUUGGGGAAGCUACAGAGCGAACGAUCGCAAGAUCUACCGAAGUGCGAGUCAGUUGUGCGAGAGAUUACGCAAACCGAUCGGUUGAAUAAGAAAUUGCUUGUGUCGGUCUUAGAGCGGAUGAAAAAGUCGGAUGGGCAGUUCGACAAAUUUAUGGAAGACGGGAAGGGAAAUUGCGAGUCGCAUGAUGAUAGCGAUUUUUAAUCGGCCUACGUCUCUGCGCAUCUAAAUAUCUGCCUAAAUGGUGGUCAAAUUGAAUUAAUACUUCAGUUACUUUAUACCAUCAUGAUGGAUAUUCCGGAAUACGAGGGUGACGAUGACAUUAUAGAGCAUUACGAAAAUCGAGAUUCCAAUGACGAGCGUGGUAGUUAUGAAGAAGCGGAGAAUGCAACAUCCGAUAAUGAGACUGAUACUACGCGGAGAAUCGAUCCGUCAAAAUCCAAGUCGCAUGUAGUGAGAAAUCCAGUGCCCAAACUCAAUACAGAACGACUGAAAGGGCCCAAUGGUAUCCAAACUAUUGAACAAUAUUUUGAAGGCUUCAAGUUCUAUGGCAAGGGAUACGAAAAAACGGACCUUGACAGAAUCAUGAAGAGACUAGAACAUUGGUCUUAUCGAUUAUUUCCCAAGUAUCAUUUCGAUGAUUUUCUUACGAGAGUUGAGCAACUGGGGACAAAAAAAGAUCUGCAGGUGUUUAUCAAGAAGUAUCGACAGGACAUGAUUACUUCGGAUAAUAAUUUGAUUAUUCAUGAUGACAUGGAUAAAUAUAAUGAUGAGAAUCAACAGGAAAGUGCACUUUUAGAUGACUUCGAUUUGCUAAUAACAGAACAAAUUCAAAAACAAAAGCAAGCUGAAACACAAAUUUCCGCUAUUACACCGAGUACUUCAAACGAGGAUGCGUUUAACAAGCUUUUAACGCAAUCCACUGGUACACAAAAUUCACAAGUACCACAUACAAGUAUUACUAUUGCAAACGAAUUGAGUGACGAAGUAAAACAAAGAAUCGAAAGAAACAAGCAAUUAGCUAUUCAAAGAAGACUCCAAAGACAGAAAGAGCACGAGGAAGAAAAUAAGAGAACAAAGUUGAUUGAUGACAUGUAUACAGAAACUUGAAACGAAAAUAUUUUGCAGUCCAUAGAACAAAUACAUUCCAUUUAGAUAAUAUGCGAUCACAAAUAAAUACAAAUACAAAUGGAGCAAUUGUUUACGAGUUAGACAUACUACUGAAUGAGAGUCGAAAAUAACAGGUUAUGCUUGAGCAAAAUAAAUCUUGCAACAAUGUAUUAAUUUGUUGCUGUUCA